GUUUCAGCGGUGAUAGGAUAAAGCAGGGACAUUAAGAAAUAAAUUCCCCCUCACGACCCUCGCUGAGCUCGCAGCGCGGUCCCUGCAUAUUGAUGCAGCCGCGGGGCGCAAGCGACUACUUAGCACAGCCUCUACUCCGAGGGGCAGCUGUGGCCGGGGUGAGCCGGGUUGCGCAUGGGGACGCUGGCAACCUCCAGUCCUGAACUUGGCUGGGCUAGGGCGGAGCGAGGCGGGAGCUAGGGGCCGGGAGGGGGCGGGGAGCGCUCGCUCUGGAAGCUCCUAUCCCCGAGGCGCUGCUGAAGCCUGGAGCAUCCUGCCCCGGAGCGAGGCUCUGAAUCUGCGCGCUUGACAGCCGCGGCAGAAGGAGGCGCGGGAGACAGGGUGAUCAGCAAGACCCACAGCCCUGGAACUGCGCGGGGACUCUGGCAGCAGGAAACCUACAUCACAUCUGCAUUUGGCAAACUGGUGACCAAGAUGCCCAGAGAUUAGUCCCCAUGCUUGUGUGUCACUUUAGACACAGUCAUAAGACACAGCCAGCUUCCAGUCUUCCUGCCCUGUUGCUUGGGGACACGUCCCUUCACUGCUCCUGACGUCUGUCUGGUCAACCUUGGCUUCCUCAGAGAAUAAGGAAGGAGGUGGGGACACAUGAAAUCAUGCCUCCCAAGGCCGAAUGGCAAUGAGCAGGUGACGCCAAGUUGACGUCAAAGACAGAGGCGACUGAAAUUCUGCAGCCAGCUCUUUUCCCAGAGUAACUCAGAUCCCCUGCCAGAGUCAUCUUAGCUUGGACGUCUUCCAAAGGACACAGACACCAUGGAAGAGCACACAUUUGGGGUUCAGCAGAUCCAGCCCAAUGUCAUUUCUGUCCGUCUCUUCAAACGCAAAGUCGGGGGUCUAGGCUUCCUGGUGAAGGAACGGGUCAGCAAGCCACCCGUAAUCAUCUCAGAUCUGAUUCGAGGAGGUGCCGCGGAGCAGAGCGGUCUUAUCCAAGCCGGAGACAUCAUUCUCGCAGUCAAUGGCCGGCCCCUAGUGGACCUCAGCUAUGACAGCGCCCUGGAGGUACUCAGGGGCAUUGCCUCUGAGACCCAUGUGGUCCUCAUUCUGAGGGGCCCUGAGGGCUUCACUACACAUCUAGAAACCACCUUCACAGGGGAUGGAACCCCCAAGACCAUCCGGGUGACCCAGCCCCUGGGUCCCCCCACCAGAGCCGUCGAUCUGUCCCACCAACUGUCAGCCAGCAAAGACCAGCCAUCAGCAGCAGGCAGGGUCACUGGUCCUGGUAAUGGGCCUCAGCAUUCCCAAGGCAACAGACAGGAAGCUGGCUCCGUCUCCCAGGCUAAUGGUCUGGCCAUUGACCCUAUAAUGAAAAGCACCAAGGCCAAUCUCCAGGACAGUGGGGAACAUGACGAACUGCUCAAGGAGAUAGAACCUGUGCUCAGCCUCCUUAACAGCGGGGGCAAAGUGGCCAACAGAGGGGGCCCAGCCAAAGCAGAGAUGAAAGACACAGGCGUCCAAGUGGACAGAGAACUGGACGGCAAGGCGCCCCACAAAGCUCUGCCCCUGGGCAGCGAGAAUGACCGCGUCUUCAAUGACCUGUGGGGCAAGGGCGGCGUCCCCAUGGUCCUCAACAACCCAUAUUCAGAGAAAGAGCAGCCCCCUGCCUCGGGGAAACAGUCCCCUACCAAGAAUGGCAGCCCUUCCAGGUGCCCGCGGUUCCUCAAGGUGAAGAACUGGGAGACAGACGUGGUCCUCACUGACACACUGCACCUUAAGAGUACAUUGGAAACGGGAUGCACAGAGCACAUCUGCAUGGGCUCUAUCAUGCUGCCAUCCCAACACACUCGGAAGACAGAAGAUGUCCGCACAAAGGACCAGCUCUUCCCACUAGCCAAAGAAUUUCUCGACCAAUACUAUUCAUCCAUCAAAAGGUUUGGCUCCAAGGCCCACAUGGAUAGGCUGGAAGAGGUGAACAAGGAGAUUGAAAGCACCAGCACCUACCAGCUCAAGGAUACCGAGCUCAUCUAUGGCGCCAAGCAUGCCUGGCGGAAUGCCUCUCGAUGUGUGGGCAGGAUCCAGUGGUCCAAGCUGCAGGUGUUUGAUGCCAGAGACUGUACCACAGCCCACGGCAUGUUCAACUACAUCUGUAACCACAUCAAGUAUGCCACCAACAAAGGGAACCUCAGGUCGGCCAUCACUAUCUUCCCUCAGAGGACGGACGGCAAGCAUGACUUCCGGGUGUGGAACUCACAGCUCAUCCGCUAUGCCGGCUACAAGCAACCAGAUGGCUCUACCUUGGGGGACCCUGCGAAUGUGCAGUUUACAGAGAUCUGUAUACAACAGGGCUGGAAAGCCCCAAGAGGCCGCUUCGACGUCCUGCCGCUCCUGCUCCAGGCCAAUGGCAAUGACCCUGAGCUCUUCCAGAUCCCCCCAGAGCUGGUGCUGGAAGUGCCCAUCAGGCACCCCAAGUUUGACUGGUUUAAGGACCUGGGGCUCAAAUGGUAUGGCCUCCCUGCUGUGUCCAACAUGCUGCUGGAGAUUGGAGGCCUGGAGUUCAGCGCCUGUCCCUUCAGUGGCUGGUACAUGGGCACAGAGAUCGGCGUCCGUGACUACUGUGACAACUCCCGAUACAACAUCCUGGAGGAAGUGGCCAAGAAGAUGGACCUGGACAUGAGGAAGACAUCCUCCCUGUGGAAGGACCAGGCACUGGUGGAAAUCAACAUUGCUGUUCUAUACAGUUUCCAGAGUGACAAGGUGACCAUCGUUGACCACCACUCUGCCACAGAGUCCUUCAUCAAACACAUGGAAAAUGAAUACCGCUGCAGAGGGGGCUGCCCCGCCGACUGGGUGUGGAUUGUGCCCCCCAUGUCGGGCAGCAUCACCCCUGUCUUCCACCAGGAGAUGCUCAACUAUCGGCUCACCCCAUCCUUUGAAUACCAGCCUGACCCAUGGAACACCCAUGUGUGGAAGGGCACUAAUGGGACCCCCACAAAGCGGCGAGCGAUUGGCUUCAAGAAAUUGGCAGAAGCCGUCAAGUUCUCAGCCAAGCUGAUGGGGCAGGCCAUGGCCAAGAGAGUCAAAGCAACCAUUCUCUAUGCCACGGAGACAGGAAAAUCUCAAGCCUAUGCCAAGACCCUGUGUGAGAUCUUCAAGCAUGCCUUUGAUGCCAAGGCAAUGUCCAUGGAGGAGUACGACAUUGUACACCUGGAGCACGAAGCCCUGGUCUUGGUGGUCACCAGCACCUUUGGCAAUGGAGACCCCCCUGAGAACGGGGAGAAAUUCGGCUGUGCUUUGAUGGAGAUGAGGCACCCAAACUCUGUUCAGGGGGAAAGGAAGAGCUACAAGGUCCGUUUCAACAGUGUCUCCUCCUAUUCUGACUCCCGCAAGUCAUCAGGCGACGGACCCGACCUCAGGGACAACUUUGAGAGUACUGGACCCCUGGCCAAUGUGAGGUUCUCGGUAUUUGGCCUGGGCUCUCGGGCCUACCCCCACUUCUGUGCCUUUGGGCACGCAGUGGACACCCUCCUGGAGGAGCUGGGUGGAGAGAGGAUUCUGAAGAUGAGGGAGGGAGAUGAGCUCUGCGGGCAGGAAGAGGCUUUCAGGACCUGGGCCAAGAAGGUCUUCAAGGCAGCCUGUGAUGUGUUCUGUGUGGGGGAUGAUGUCAACAUUGAGAAGGCAAACAAUUCCCUCAUCAGCAAUGACCGCAGCUGGAAAAGGAACAAGUUCCGCCUCACCUACGUGGCCGAAGCUCCAGAGCUGACACAAGGUCUUUCCAAUGUCCACAAAAAGCGAGUCUCAGCCGCCCGAUUCCUUAGCCGCCAAAACCUGCAGAGUCCUAAAUCCAGCCGCUCAACCAUCUUCGUGCGUCUCCACACCAAUGGGAAUCAGGAGCUGCAGUACCAGCCAGGGGACCACCUGGGAGUCUUCCCUGGCAACCACGAGGACCUCGUGAAUGCACUCAUUGAGCGGCUGGAGGAUGCACCGCCUGCCAACCACAUGGUGAAGGUGGAGAUGCUGGAGGAGAGGAACACGGCUCUGGGUGUCAUCAGUAAUUGGAAGGAUGAACCUCGCCUCCCACCCUGCACCAUCUUCCAGGCCUUCAAGUACUACCUGGACAUCACCACACCGCCCACACCCCUGCAGCUGCAGCAGUUUGCCUCCCUGGCCACCAGCGAGAAAGAGAAGCAGAGGCUGCUGGUCCUCAGCAAGGGGCUACAGGAAUACGAAGAGUGGAAAUGGGGCAAGAACCCCACCAUGGUGGAGGUGCUGGAGGAGUUCCCGUCCAUCCAGAUGCCAGCCACGCUGCUCCUCACCCAGCUGUCGCUGCUGCAGCCUCGUUACUAUUCCAUCAGCUCCUCUCCAGACAUGUACCCGGAUGAGGUGCACCUCACUGUGGCCAUUGUCUCCUAUCACACCCGAGAUGGGGAAGGACCAAUUCACCAUGGCGUGUGCUCCUCCUGGCUCAACCGGAUACAGGCUGAUGAUGUAGUCCCCUGCUUCGUGAGAGGCGCCCCUAGCUUCCACCUGCCUCGAAACCCCCAGGUUCCUUGCAUCCUGGUUGGCCCAGGCACCGGCAUUGCACCCUUCCGAAGCUUCUGGCAACAGCGACAAUUUGACAUCCAACACAAAGGAAUGAAUCCCUGCCCCAUGGUCCUGGUCUUCGGGUGUCGACAAUCUAAGAUAGAUCACAUCUACAGAGAGGAGACCCUGCAAGCCAAGAACAAGGGUGUCUUCAGAGAGCUGUAUACUGCCUAUUCCCGGGAACCUGACAGGCCAAAGAAAUAUGUGCAGGAUGUGCUGCAGGAGCAGCUGGCUGAGCCUGUGUACCGUGCCCUGAAGGAGCAGGGAGGCCACGUUUACGUCUGUGGGGAUGUCACCAUGGCUGCUGAUGUCCUCAAAGCCAUCCAGCGCAUAAUGACCCAACAGGGGAAGCUCUCCGAGGAAGAUGCUGGUGUAUUCAUCAGCAGACUGAGGGAUGACAACCGGUACCAUGAGGACAUCUUUGGAGUCACCCUGCGAACAUAUGAAGUGACCAACCGCCUUAGAUCUGAGUCCAUUGCCUUCAUUGAAGAGAGCAAAAAAGACACAGAUGAGGUUUUCAGCUCCUAACUGGAUCCUCCUGCCCAUGGGAUGGUGGGGUGGCCGCCCCAAGUGCCCAAGCUCGGGCGGCUGCAGGUUGACUAAACGUGGACACGCACGGCUGAACCUUCCCCGAAGGACCCCAUGUGACCCACCCUGCCUUUUGUCCUGUUGCUGUGUCCUGGUCUGUCCUUCCCCACGGGGCUCUCUUGCCCCCGGCCCUGGGUUUUCCCCUUGACUCUCGAGCCGCAGUGCUUGUACCCUUCAGUGGCUCUUACAAAACCGCAUCCUCCCUACCCCCUUGCUGCCAAGGGCAGGUUGCAGCGCAUGAAACCUCUGGGUCAUGGCUGUCCCUCCUGUUGGGGUCUGAAGGCAGCUGGCACCGGGCUUCAGAGUCACCCUGAGCCAGUCCCCUUGACCACGUCAGCCCCUCCCAUCCUUUUUUAUGGGAUGUGUGUGUGUGUAUGUGUUUGUGUGAGGGGAGGGGCUAGGUCGCUCACUCUCUGUCCUCUUGCCGGAGUCCACCGCCUGAUGUUCAGAGCCUUGAAACGUGUUCCUAGCUAUUGUUAAUCUCUCCCAUGCCCAUCAUGGCAGGUCCGUGUCAGCCUCUCUGAAACACAUUAAGCCCCCUUACCAAUCUAGGUGACUCAAUCACAGCAGAAGACAGGUGGGUGAUGAAGAGGAAGGUGUCUCUGAGAAGGAGCCAGCCAUAGCGUCUGACCCCAUCAACAGAGGUCUAUCUGGGAAAUUUACCCAGACCAUGGAUUGGGCAAGCCCCCCCCCCCAUACCCGCCUGCCCCAUCUGGGCCACUAGAUUUUGAGCCCCGCCCCCCCCACCAUGGGCCUAGCCACCAUGUUGUGCAGGGAAGCAUGCUGGGAGUAAGGACUUUGUCACCAAGGAAUACUGUUUGGGUAAUCCUGUCCCUAUUAAAUGAAUGGAUGGGCCUCCUUUAGUGUUUCAGAGCCUGGGAGCAAGUAUCAAGGAGGAGGAAGUCAGCUGCCUCUUAUUCCUCCAAAUGGGCUCGCCUCCUGCUUGAGCCUAAUUCCCUCCCCCACCCCUACCCCCCACUGUAAAGCAAGCAGCAUAGGCAACAGUGAGAGUUCUCGCCAGGGGAGGUUGGCAACCAUCUUCUGAGUCAGCAGAGUGACCCCUUAUCUGAAUGAGUAAAUAAAUAAAGGCUACAUCACACAGCACUGACAGUCAAGAAACCCCCAUGACUCCCAGCUCAAGAGGUCAGCUCUGAGUCCCAUAUUCUGUGCUCCUGUUUGGCUUUGUGAGGCAGAAAAAAAAUUCCUCUAUGUCCUGAGCCAGGGCCUGGCUUUCCUGAUGAUAAGUAUGGGGGCUUCUAAACAAAGUGCCAAGGGCUUUACAGUUAUGGAACCCAAACCCUAAGGACUUCCUUCCUUCCUUCCUCCCUCCCUCCCUCCGUCCCUCCCUCCCUUCCAUUCUUUCUUCAUUCUUUCCUCCCCCACCCCACCCCAACAGGGUCUCCUGUUGCCCAGGCUGGCUUUGAACUCAUGAUCUUGAAUUCCAAAUCCUCUUGCCUCUACCUCCCUAGUGAUAGAAUUACAGGCAUGCACUACCACAUCCAGUUUAUGCUCUGCUAGGGAGUCAAACCCGAGACCUCCUGCACACCAGGUAACCCCUCUACCAAUCAAGCUACAUCCCCGUCCUCAAUCCUCAACCUCAAGUUCAGAGACAAGUCUCAUGUUGCACUGGACACUCCACAGUGUCCCAUCAUUAGCAGGUGGACUUUGUCCCAGUUACCACCUCACCCGACAUCCUUUAGUAGCAAUGUUCCCUACUCGGUCUCCCACGACUGUAGACUAAGACCCUGUACAUCACUGCUACCUUCUGUAGCCUGGAGGCAAGGCAGGUACUGUCCCUCCCACCCAAUUCCCAGCACUUUCUCCCCAGAGACUUUCUUCUCAGUCCUUCAAGCCUCUACGGACACUUCCUAAAAUGUAGCCAUUUCCCCAGAUCCAAAAGGCUGUGCCCAACCUCCAUCGAAGAGCCGUCUCUCUACACGCCAAGCUGCAUGCAUGCAUGAGUGAUUUUUCCACCUCUGAAUAAGGAGUGCUAACUAUGUGGCAGGCUCCUCCCCACCCCCACCCGUGUAUCCCGGUGCUCCCAGUAGCAGGUGGACAGAUGGAACCUUCCUGUCACUUGCCAGAGACUCCAAAGACAUGAUUACAUAACCAGGUUCAAGAGGGACUUUGGUUUUUCAGUGCUAGAGAUGAAACCCAGAGCUCACAUGUGCAGACUGAGCUAAAUCCCCAACCCCCAAGAGAGAAGGUUUUAAAAAAAGACCUUUGAACUCUUAACACAGGCAGCUUCCUUAGCUCCUGACUAGAAGGCCAGGGACUGGCUGGAUGCCCUUCUCUCCUUUUCUAAAAGGUGGCCUUAAGUUGCUUAUCCAAAGGUUGAGCAAGGUGAGCAUCUGGGGUGGGUCAAUACUGCCCUCUGCUGGUGGUUUUUAGCUCAGGCCCACAGCCUGCAACAGUGCAACCUACAACUUAGACUAAGAGAGCAGAGCAGGUGAGCAUUUUCUGAUCUCACCUUCUACGUUGGCAGUAGCUCCAACCCCUCUCCACAAAAUCGGGUUAGACCAGGAGGAAGAGGAUGACGCCUCAAAUCAGGAGGGUUGGAGACAGGCUCCCUGCCAUCCCUGUGACACCUGUCCCCAAGAAGUUCAACCUGUGGGAGGGAAGAGGGUUCCCUGCAUGUCCUUGGAGAAGGAAACAGGUGACUUUGGGGAUAAGUGCAUAGAUCUCCCUAUGACAUUUCAUAAGCUGACCUGACCCACAUGCUAAUUCUGCCUUGUCUAUGCAGAAGGCCUGGCCCCUUGGCAUUUCUGAGAACCCAGAUUCUACCUGAGUGGGUAGCUUUAAUGAGAUAAUGCUCCAUGGCAGUGCCAACUCCGGCUCUAACGGGCUUCCAUUUUCCCCCUUACAACUGGUGGACGGCAGCUUUCCGACAUCAAGAGUAUGGUCAUCACUAGCUUGAGCGAGGGGAGGGGAAGGCAGAUUCUUAAAAUGCAUCAGCAAUACUUGCUACUGUCUGUCUUAGAGAGUAAAGACAGGGUAGAGAGAUGCUGACUCCCCGUAGGCAAGAAAGUCAGGGCUCAGGACAAAAGAAGAAAGCUGAAACAGCCAGAACACACGGGACCAAGGGUAUGGAUUUCUCAGGCAAAGACCUGCUUCGGGAUACAAGAGCUCAGAUUUCCAAGUCUGGGGCAAAAUAGAACAGUUCCAACCCUGAUGUCUGAGUCCCCUGUGCCUGCAGCAUCACACACACACACACACACACACACACACACACAGGAAAGCUCUGGGCUUUUAGGUUGAGUUCAGCCAAGGUUUUCUUAUAGUUUCCUCAUUCUUGUGUUCUGCCUCCUCAGGACCCAACCUUGAGAGGUCCAGGCUGGCCCUGCUUUUUCUAUUUUCUCAUUCACUGCCAGACCCCACCGAGAGAAAGGCACCCAAGAGGACACAUUGACCAUGCUGUGUCUUGAGUGUGAGGAUUCAGGGGACCCCCAGGCAUCUGUUUUCUAUUACAAGUUGGACAUGUUAAUCCCCAAAGCCAAAAUGCUCCGAAACCUAAAAUACUUGGAGAACGAGUGAACAAAUGCUUUAGUUCAUCCACAAAAUGAUUUAAAAGAAUGGGUAGCCUGGGUGUGAACUCGAGGGUAGAGUUUGCCUAGCAUGCAGAGUCCUCGAUUCCGUCCCAGCACCAUAAAUAAAUUGCUUCAGGCUAUGUGUGUAGAGUAUAUGUAUGAAACAUAAAUGGAUUUAAUGUUUAGAGGUGGGGCCCCUCUACCAAAUAUUCCAUUAUGAAUAUGCAAAUAUUAUGAAAUUUUUUGAGAAAUCCAAAAUCAGAAAUACUUCUUGUUGCAAGUAUUUCAGCAAAGUACAGUCAACCUAUCCGAGGCAAGGGAGAUGGAGAUACAUACCUCGCUGUGUGUAUGAGUCUGUUUUGGUUCUGACACAUCUGAGUGUUUCUGGAUAACCAGGUAUCUCUGACCCAAGGCAGUUGGUUCCUAACGAAGUGUCCCUAGAAGGCAGAAGCAAGGGUGACUUUAUGAACUGAGAACCUCUGUCAGGACAUGGAAGUGGCCAGGUUUGAUCAUGACCUCUAAGAAAUUCUAGCCAGGAGCCCGCUAACCUCGGCCUUCCUGUUUGGAGCUGAAUGAGUCUUCAUAGCAUGGGCUGUCUUGGGUAUUAUAGGAUGCUGAACACCAACUGUGACCUUUCCUACUAAAUGCCCCUAGCAGCCUCCUGCCACCUGUGACAGCCACAAAGGUGACUAGAAAGUACUGAGUACCCCUGAGAGGCCAGGACCUUCAGCCAUUGGACCUUUUGGGUCCCGGGGACCAUGGUACUGUCUACCUGCUACUUCUGAUUACAAAUCUGCCUUGGUCCAAUGGUUGCUUCUCUAACCUGCCUCAAACUGAGGCCCAAAAGCCUUGUGGACGAUGAUAUGCAGUCUCAAGUCUCCCAAGCUAGAGGGUAGUUCAACAUUUUAAGACAAAUGGCACUGUGGGGGCCAUCUCCCAAGCUGGGUCUGAGGCUAUCCCCUGUCCCCAUCCCCCAUUGUGCCCCGAGCUCUGUCUCCCCACUUUUGUCGUUGUGUUGUCCUUGUGACCGUAUGACCCACUCCAGGCUCAGCAAUUGCUUGCCGCCGGAAGUCCCACGUCCCACAUGGGAUCAGGUUACACCCAGAAUGUUCACUGUGGGGUUCUAGGGAGUGGUGGUGGGUGUGGGCAGAGCCCGGGUUCCGUCUCACCACACACAAGCUGUCAGAAACUCGGAUGCCCGCACCCACCUCUGACGUCUCUAUGCUGCUAAUCUCUGCCAAGUGUCCCGUGUGCUCCAGCACUGCCACCUGCCCCCACGCCCUCCUCGAGGCUGUCCAGGCUGUGUUCUUGCAUGCUUCUCUUCAAUAUAAUCCUCACCUUCUCAUUUUAUGGGAUUCAACUCAAAGGCUACUUAUGCUUGUUUGCAUUAUGGUUAAACUAUUAAAAAAAAAGUGGACUGA